ACUCGUGAUUUGUUUACAGUUGAAACUCCGAGUGAUCCGGGCCGACUACAUUCAGUUUACACUUCCUCCUGCUGCCAAAAUGUUUUACUUUCUUAUGUUUUUAUCGUCGAUAUACCUGGUCUGCAGAGCUACCGUGUGUCCAUGUGAGAGACCGGAGCUCUGUCAACAGAUCCGCGAGGAGAGAGACUUUGAGGUGUAUGUGUUUGACGUUGGUGGAAAGACAUGGAAGUCCUACAACUGGAGUAUGGUGACAACAGUGGCAGCAUUUGGGAAAUAUGAUGCUGAACUCAUGUGUUAUGCUCACUCCAAAGGAGCACGGGUUGUACUUAAAGGUGACGUUCACCUAGCCUACAUCGUGGACCAAUACAACAGGACGGCAUGGAUAACAGAGAAAGUGAACUUAGCUAAGAGUCAAUUCAUGGAUGGGAUUAACAUCGACAUCGAGCAGGCAGUGGACGACGGCUCGUCAGAGUACCAUGCUUUGACAAACCUUGUGAAAGAGACCACUGAGGCCUUUCACAGGGAGAUCCCAGGCUCCCAGGUCUCAUUUGAUGUUGCCUGGUCACCAAAUUGUAUCGACAAGCGCUGCUAUGAUUACGUUGCUAUCGCUGAAUCCUGCGACCUGCUGUUUGUGAUGUCCUAUGAUGAACAGAGCCAGAUCAUGGGGGACUGUAUUGCAAUGGCAAAUGCCCCGCUCUCUCAAACACUGAAUGGUUAUGACCAGUUUAUGAGUCUGAAAAUCGAUCCAAAGAAGCUAGUAAUGGGAGUGCCAUGGUACGGCUAUGACUACCCAUGCCUAAACUUUUCCCAGGAGGGAGUGUGUUCAUUAAUGAAAGUGCCUUUCCGUGGAGCCCCCUGCAGUGAUGCAGCAGGAACACAAAAAGCAUACAAGUGGAUCAUGACGCAGGUCAACAGCUCUUUUUCCGGCAGGCUCUGGGACGACAAGCAGGAAGCUCCUUACUUCAAUUACAAAGACAAGAAAGGACAGAUCCAUCAGGUUUGGUAUGACGACCCACAGAGUAUUUGUCCAAAGGCGGAGGCGGUGAAAUCCAAAGGUUUGAGGGGCAUUGGCAUGUGGAAUGGAAACAUCUUGGACUACAGCGAUGAUCCGGUCGCCAGGCAGCAGACCGCAGUGAUGUGGAAUGCUCUCUUGGGAUGCUAAAAAGCUAGGAUACACUUCACAUGGCUGCAGAAAUUUACAUCACCCCUCCCGUUUCUUGUUAAGUCAAUAUAACCCUUUAUAGCAGUAAUGGGGUGGGGCUUCCCUCUAUUCAGGGAUGCAUACUUGCACUUCAGAUGUUAUUGUGGCUUUUAUUGCUGUUAUCAUUGAAUGUAGUUACAUCGCAGACAUUCCUCUGUGCAAACUGAAAUAACUGUUUCUUGGAAAAAAAGACAACCAAUCUUUUCAAUGUGACACAAACAGUAUUUUUCCUUUCAUGAUAUUAAGCUUAGUGAGAUACCUGCACUUUUAUGCUUUAUGCUUAUCAUAAAUAAAACAUGUUCUGAUA